UCUCCUCAAAAGAAAUAAAUUUUAGUAAGUCGACUCAACUCGCCGUAUAACAGUUGCCGACAACUCAAAAGGGACUCAACAGGUCAGGAUCCAAUAGACAGUCCCAUUAUCAUCAAAUCUAAGAAACUCGACUCUCUUCGGCUUCGUCCAUGGAACCAUCAACAGGAAGAGAGAAGGACCAAAUUGUUUCAUCAGACGAUGAAGACGAUCCUGUAUACGAGCCUCUAUCUACAGGUGCUUUAUCAUACUUUGAUAGAGAGCGACACGUGACAUACCUGGAGAUGAUGUACCAGAUGGUGCCGCAUCAUUACCAGACACAGGAGAUCAACCGCAUCACUCUUGCUUAUUUCGCCAUCUCCGGUCUCCACCUUCUCGGCGCCUUAGAUCGUGUUGACAAGGAAGCAGUUUCAAAUUGGGUUUUAUCAUUGCAAGCUCACCCAAGAAAUGAAGCUGACCUGAACAGCGGAGAAUUAUAUGGAUUCCAUGGUUCUCGAAGCUCUCAGUUUCCUCCCGAUGAUAAUGGGGUUUUGACUCACAAUGGUAGUCACUUGGCGAGCACAUACUGUGCCCUAGCCAUUCUAAGGGCUGUUGGAUAUAGUUUUGCAAAUAUCGAUCGUGUUUCAAUAUUGACAUCAAUGAAAAAUCUUCAACAGCCUGAUGGGAGUUUUAUGCCUAUCCAUUAUGGGGCAGAGAUGGACCUUCGCUUCAUAUUCUGUGCUGCUGCCAUCUGUCAUAUGUUGGAGGAUUGGAGUGGUAUGAACAAGGAGAAAGCUAAGGAUUACAUAUUAAACUGCCAGUCAUAUGAUGGUGGGUUUGGCUUGACACCUGGUUCAGAAUCACAUGGCGGUGGUACCUACUGUGCAGUUGCAUCCCUCCGAUUAAUGGGGUUCAUAGAAGAUGAUGUUCUUUCUAAGUCUAUGUCUUCUUCCAUCAUCGACUUGCCUUUGCUGCUGAAUUGGUGUUUGGAGAGGCAAAGGUAUGAUGGUGGAUUUGAAGGUAGAGCUAACAAGCCUAGUGACACAUGUUAUGCAUUUUGGAUCGGGGCAGUUUUGAGGAUCUUAGGCGGCUAUAAGUUCAUUGACAAAGAAGCUUUACGUAGAUUUUUGCUAUCUUGUCAGUCUAAGUAUGGUGGUUUCAGUAAAUACCAAGGGCUGCUGCCUGAUCUAUACCACUCAUAUUAUGGAUAUACUGCAUUUAGUCUUCUGGAAGAACCCGGCCUCAACCCACUUUGCCCCGAACUGGGAAUGACAGAUUUUUCAACUUUGGGAAUAUAAUUUGAUCAUAAUUCUUAGUGCAAUAGACUAUUUUCCCUCUUUCAGACUUCAUUUUUCAAUGAGUGCUCAAUGUUGUGAUUAGAAGGAUGUAAACAGUCAUAAGCUAAACUCAACACUUACAAUGCCAUUUUUUUUUUCCACCAUGUCAUCUCCGACCACAACAUAGAAUUUGUGCUGAUGAUUUUGGACAAUUUUUGACCUUCCUCUUGUCUUUUUAUAAGAUUGUUGCUACAGAAUUAUUUUGCCUGUAAA